CUGCUUAUUCCAGUCUUGGUUUGUCCCCGGACUGCCGAGCACGUCAUGUUGUUUCAUCCUAGGAAUAUUAUUAUUUAGUUUUUCGGGAAAAAGAAGAAGCUCAUCCUGCCGUCAAGUCAAACAAACAGUUUCGUGUGUGUGUGUAUGUGUGUGUCGACCGGUUAGAAACAUAAUAACAAACAAAAUUUCGAAAGAUGCGUUGGUUGAUUUGUCUGUCGUUGAUGAUCGCCGUUCAUCAGUGCCGCCAUUUACCCCACGAGGAAAGACGUCAAUCGAAGCGGCAAGGACUUGUGGCUCAUCGACAUGCCGGUCGGAGGAAACAUACCGAUGAUGCUGGUCCAUCCACCAUGGACUUGGUGGUGGAGGGACCAGACCAGGAAUGGUCGGAUGACGAAUACCAGCCGGUUGUUUUGAAAUUGGAAGUUCAUUUCGCCGCUCCCAAGCGGAAACAGUUGCAGCAGCAGCAGCAGCCAAAGAAGAAGAAGAACAACCAACGAGGAGGAGCGGUUACAACAACAACAACAUGGAAUCAAACCAACUUUUCGACUGGCUCAUCUGGUUUCAUCCACCUCUUCCUGCCCAUUUCCAUGACUGUCGCCGCUGCAGCCGACUCGGUUGCUGCUCCCCUACGGACGUCAACGACGUCCGUCCGACCAGUUCCUGCUGCGACGGCUGCUGCUCCUGUUUCCGGAGCGGAAAUGACGGUGACUCAGCGUCCGACUGGGCAGACUUUCAAGAGGGUGAACACCAACAACAAGAAAAAGAAGAAGAAGAAGAAAGCCAAACGCAAAAAGAAGAAGAAUAACAACAAGAUCCAUCAGCAGCCGAUUGAUGAGAGCAGUAGCAGCAACACAAUGGAUUCGGCAGUCGGUGACGUCACGGCGUCGGUUGUGGACCAGCGCUACAAGCCCAUGCAAGCGUCGCCCAGCAAUCGGCUAAUGCCUCUGCUCCUACACGACGAUGGCAUACCACCGAUGCUCAACAGCCUCUCCAGCGACGAGACUCAACAAUGGGCUCGCUGGCUCCGCUGCACACUUUGUCUGAAGAACGACCGAAAACAGACGGAUGAGGAAUCCGCCCUGUGUCAGCUGCAGAAUGUCGAGUGUCGUCAAGCCAACGUCACAGCUGAAAAUGAAUUGACUACAUCCGGUUGUCAAGAAUCAGACACUUGUAGUCAAUGGCAGCGAUGCGAGAACGGCCACGAAAUCCCGACUCUGUUUGCCGCCCUACCUCCAUGCCCGUGCACCUACCCCACAGGCUUAGUGUACAAUGAUCGAGUGUGGGAUCCGCUCAACCGGCAUCACUAUCGGUGGCGGGAAAUCAGUCUUCAGAGCGAGCGCGUCGACAUCUAUCGGCCGGGAGCCGCUUACUGCAUCAGGAGCUUGUCGGUGGUGCCCAAAAUGACCCUGUCGUCCCAGCAGUGCUGCUACGACGACCGCAGGAGGCUGCUCACGCGAGGAUGGGCCGCCGGGACGCCGGCUCUCGUCUCGCCGGAAGCUUCGGUUCAUCUCAGUCGAGUCACCGAGCGACUUCCUUGGCUGGCCUGUAAAGGCGAUUUCUCCAGGUACCACUUGCAGAGGCCGCCAGACAACCGGUUGAAUUGUUCAGUCAACCCGAGCGAUGAGGAAUACCAACGCCAAGUGCUGCUGGCCACCAAUUAUUGAACUUGAAAUGAUUUUUGUCUUACAUCCGAUCUCGAUCGACAAAAAAAAAACAAGUUCAAAAAUGGCCGGCGGAGAAAGGCUUCCGUGUCCGGUGGCGUUGCGCCUCAAACCACCAAUCAUUUUCAGAGAGUUUCAGAGAAACCAAAGAUUUGGCGAAUGCGAAAAGAUUUUGACAGCAACUACUGGCCAGUUUAUCGCCAUUUUUACACACACACAUCCAACAUUUAUUCAAUUGAAAAAAAAUCCAGUUCCUUAAAUUAUCGUCACAGUACGGCGGACAACAAGAACAGUAUAGCCGUUUUCCAUUUCUCUCUAUUUUAUUAUUAUUUCAUAAUAGAAAAUGUCAUCGUCAUCCCAUUCAUUUUCCCCCAACAAAUUAUCAUCAUCAAAUUCUAUGUAAAUUUCCUUUGUUUUUCCCAGUAUAAUAUAAUUUGCUUAUUCUAUUAAGUAAGCUAUGGAAAUACACUCAAUAAUUAAAUGAUU